AUAUUGAAUUAAACUAUAUAUUUAAUAAAUCUAUUAUCAAAUAGUGCAAAUUUACAUAUAAAAAUGGCCGACGUGUUGGAUAUCGAUAAUGCAGAGGAGUUUGAAGUAGAUGAGGAUGGCGACCAGGGAAUUGUGCGCCUAAAGGAGAAGGCAAAGCAUCGCAAAGGUCGCGGCUUUGGCAGUGAUAGCAAUACACGCGAGGCCAUACACAGCUAUGAGAGAGUACGCAAUGAGGAUGAUGAUGAGCUGGAGCCUGGUCCGCAGCGCUCUGUGGAGGGCUGGAUAUUGUUUGUGACCUCAAUACACGAAGAGGCACAAGAGGAUGAAAUACAGGAAAAGUUCUGCGACUACGGAGAGAUUAAAAACAUACACUUGAAUCUCGACCGGCGUACUGGUUUCUCCAAGGGUUAUGCGCUAGUGGAGUACGAGACGCACAAACAGGCACUGGCCGCCAAGGAGGCAUUGAAUGGCGCUGACAUCAUGGGUCAAACCAUACAGGUGGACUGGUGCUUUGUCAAAGGACCCAAGCGUGUCAAGAAAUCUGAAAAGCGUCGCAGAUAGUCUAAGAAACAGUAUUUGGGACCCAACGAAUAUAUAUUAUCCAACUUAGUGUAAUCCAACUGGUCUUAAUAUAUCAAGAAAUAAAAUAAAUUUAUU